UUUAAUAGCGGUCAUGCGAAGGAUCGGUUCCAGCAUGCUAGUGACGGUUAUUUUGUUGUCAGCAAUAUGUGGACUAGCUCAGAGCUCGGGCGUGAGCUUGGCGGGCCCAGCACAUCCUGCGCCUGUAGUCACAGCUGCAAGCUCCCAGUACUUCGAGAGGACAUUUAAUCGUUUAGUAGCAGCGCCGCCACCUAUACAACCAGUGUUUCCUGUCGCACCACCACCUCAAGUGAUACCAGUACCUCGGACUCCACAGUUCAUACCCGUCGCACCGGCGCCACCAGUCGUACCUGUUGCCCAAGCUCCAUUUAUACCAGUAGUUCCACCAAAUGUGUUUCGGGUGGCACCAGUUCCGGGUGUGAUUCCCGUCCAGCCACCUCGGCCAGUAUUUGUACAACCAACAACAAAAGAUAAACAAGAACCAGUACCAACAAAUCCUCCACAGAAUGCGCCAAGCGAUCCGAACGUGGCAAUAGCAAUCGCUACUGCUAACGCAGCUGCACCAGUCGCUACAUUCCUGCUUCCGCCUUAUCCAUUCGGACCGCCGCCCUCGUUCGGUUUUAUACCAUCGUCACCUGCAUUCGUUCCUAACGAAAACCGAGACAAAGAAAGCACAACAGAAACCACAGCACAGACUGAGGCUACGACUACUGAGAAAGAGCCUGAAACAACAACCCCGGUUUCUACAAAUAUCGACAACAAUUUCGUUCAAGCGCUACCUUCUAACAAUAAUGUAAAUUUCAGAGAAUAUUUGCCACCGCCAUUCCAAUUACCAUUAACACCUGAUGCGCCACAAAGACCUCUCCAGUUACCUGUGGCACGACCGACUCAACUUCAACCACGACCAACUUAUUUACCGCCACAAGGAAGACCUCAACUAGGCAGACCUCAGAAGACUUCGGUAGAAGUUGUCCCAGUGCCGUUAACAUAUAUCGCUCCACCUCCCCUUAAGAAACAUCAUCCUGUAAAGUUGAUUAAAGUAACCAAGCAUAUCCACACAUACGUGCCAGCAGGAAAAAUUAUUAUAAGGCCAAUAUCUCAUAGAGUACGUUCUGCUGGUAACGGCGUAUACGCUAAAGCUUACGGUACACCCAUAUCUGGGAAGAAAGUGGCAUUCUAUCGUAAAAAAAUCUCCAGACGUUCAAAAACAAGAGAUAUUGAACCAACUACACUAAGACCUUUCAUCAGGUCUAAUAUAAAUCCACCUAGUCUAUAAGUUAUAGUCAAAUUUUACAUUUAACCACUUG